CUGUAGAUAAUAUCGAUGAGGCGCUGAAGAAGCUUGAGAAGGCAGAAGACACAUCAAACCUUGAGAGUAACGAUGAACACAGUAAGAGAACAAGGAAACAACGGAAGCGCGUGAUUAUUUCUAGCAGCGAAAGUGAUUCCGAAACCAAAGAGGAGAGGCAGCUGUUACGAAAAGCCGCAAAGCGAGCUGCACGUUCCCGCACAGUGAAAGAGGUUCGGCUUCCUCCCCCACCUUCUGUGCCUAAUAUUCCUCAAGACAGUCAACCUAAUUUAUUGGAGCACCACAGGGACAAAACUGUGCACAGGGAAAAGAGAGGGCAUGAGUGCAUUCGCUUGGAAACCUCUAGACACAUCACAUGCACAUCGUCUCGCUCCCAGCCUCUUUCAGAAACUGAAGGAACUGGUAACCUGCACCAAAGUGCACGAUUUGAUUUGUUCACAAGUGAGGCAGACUUAAUGAACAUACAUCAACGGGAGGAAGAGCUAAUGAACGUCCAUCAACAACCAUCAGAACAAGUUCCUGCCUCACAGAUGUCUACUAGAGCAGACGGCUCGCUGUCUUGUGCAUCAAAUGAAGUGAGGUCGCUACCACAACCUCGGCCCAGUAGUGCUGGUCCAUCCCGCGGAGUGCCAUCUUUUCGACAUUCCUAUGGUGGGACACAACAUAGAUUGGAGGCAAGUGACAGUGGGGAACUGAUGCAAAAAAUUUUUGAAGCCAUCCAUGCACUGGAGUCCAGAAUCAAAGUGUUUGAAAGCAAGACGUUUCUGCACACCAAAGAAAUCUUGGUACAGCUACGUGACAUGAAAAAAAACUGCCAUUUUGGAAGAGCGCUUGUGGAGCUCCCUGAUGAAUGCCCGCAAUUACCCGCCACAACUUUCCAACGGCUCCAGGAAUUUGAUGACUUCUUAGGACAACAAGGAAACAUGACAUCUAUGAUGAGAUACUUUUCUGCAAAAGGAGGCACCGACGAAAGAGAUGCAGUCCGGGCUCUGCUGCGCUGCAUAGUAUCAAAUGACUUGUCUAUGAACUGCAGUUGGCUGGGCUCACAUGGUGAAAAACACUGCUUCUCCAAACUGGAAAAUAUUCUGACAUUAAUCCUUGGUUGUGUACGCAUAAACUUUGAGGGCAUGACGGAUGCUGCGGUUAAGACGACGGUGAAGAAAUGGCUCUACUUUGCUGCAGACAGAAACGGUGGACGGUCACGACGGCGAACCCGAAAGGAGACUGCGGAAUAGAAUUCUAU